UACAAGUGGCAAAGCUAUAAGUGAUAACGGUAAUAAUAAACACUAAGCAGUCGAAUAUUCAAACGUAUCACCACUCUAACGAUGAAAUUGGAAAAUGCCGUUUUCAAUACCACCGAGAGCGGUUUAGGUAUUGAAGACAGCAGCGUGCUCUGACAUUGCUAACAAAAAGAGAUUAUUGUAACGAGAUGUUAUGGUGCGAUGUUCAAUUGUGUUGUGAUGCUUGUCUAAAUGUGCGAAAGUGGACUUUGUGAAACAUCAACCAGUACGGGUGAUCUUUCAAUUGCUAUGGGUGUAUUGAUCAAUAACGUCUAAUACACCAAUUGACUUGAAAUAUCGGUACGCGGACGUCAGUGAGUGUGAACUAUGAUGCUAUAGACAGCGGAUGGUUUACUGGUCUACAGGUCAUUUAAGGACCACAUAAAAUGACGACCACCAAUGCAAUAAUAAUUGUUUUGACAGUGCUGCGCAUGAACUGCUGUUUUGGAGGAACUGAAAUAAACAUAGCCGUUCUGCAAGAAUGGAAAGAUCUUAUUACGUCGGUCCUAGCUUCCAAGUACUUGGGGCAUGUGGAAGCCAACAUAAAAAUAUUCGAUAUCGGGGUGACCAAAUCAGAGUAUACCAAAAUCAAGAAAGCUAUCGACAUUUUGAAAGACCACAAUAUCCAUGUAAUUAUUGGACCAUUUGACGAACAAAUUUCUCUGGCAACGGAAGCAUUGAACAUAAGCUACGUAACAACAACGGAAAUGAUAUCGGAAUACACCUACUCGUCUUUCCAAAUGCUUCCUCCUCUGGAUGAUUUCUGUCAAGCCAUCCUAGAUCUCGUCAAGAAAUACAAAUGGCAAGAUGUCAGUAUCUUUUUCGACGACAACAAAGGUAUCGCAGCUGUUGAGAAACUACUGACCAAUCAUGAACUUAUUGUUAAGUCUUGGCGCCUUGAUCCCAUAACAACAGACGAGCAGGUGCGAGAUCACCUGGUACAUAUGAGACGAGUAUUCAUGCAGCGUUCGAUUGUGUUCUGCAGGAAGUCAAACAUCCAGAAACUCGUUGAAAUGGCACGUUCGUUAGCCAUGUUGUCGACGCCAUACGAAUGGUUCUUCUAUGACCCGGGAGAUCAGCUAGUUGACAUUUUCCAGUCAUAUCACGACAUCCACGUGAACUUCACGCUCUUCAGUCUUCUUCCUUUUAACUCCACCGUUCAAACCCAGUGGCAUGAUGCGAGCAAAUUCAAUCAAUCGCUGGCGGAGGACUGCAUGCUAAUCAUUAAAAAUGUGAUGGGCGAAGCGUUUGAUAAUGAUUCCAUAGAGGCAAUACGAACUGAACUCAAACAAAGAAUAUCUUUAGUGAGCGUACAGGGAUUGACCGGAUAUGUACAGUUUGAUAAGAAUGGAAAGAGAACCAACUACAGUAUUAUUAUUACAGAAUUGUCUGCGUUUUCUGGAGAUCUGUCUGUGUAUGCGUGCUAUGGGCUUGGCGUUUGGUUGGCGAGUCCACCAUCUGUGUUUACUGAACGACUCCAGAUACGCAGCCGUGUGGGCAUAGGUAACAGAACGUCACCGUUUCCUCUUGUCGGCCGAACUGCUAAGGUCGUUACCAUCCUUGAAAAACCCUUCUGCAUGCGGAAACGUGACUACAAAGUCCGUACAGGGAAUGACCAGUACGAGGGGUUUGCAGUGGAUCUUAUCAAAGAGGUGGCGAACAUGCUUCACUUUCAGUACGAUAUAUAUCUCGUCCACGACGGGAAGUUCGGAUCUAAAACGGCAGAUGGACAUUGGAAUGGGAUGAUGGGAGAACUUCUGUCAGGGAAUGCAACCAUGUCAGUGGCGCCACUUAGCAUCAACUCAGAGCGUGAAGAAGCCGUGGAUUUCACAAAACCAUUUAUGACAAGAUACAUAAGCGUGCUUAUGAAAGUACCACGAUCAACGACCUCGUACUUCGAGUUUUUAAACCCUCUUCAUCCCGUUGUGUGGUUCUGUACCAUAGGUGCCUUUGUGUUUGUCAGUAUAGUUUUGUAUAUCUUGGAGCGAAUUGGAAACGUCAACCGGGCCGAAUACCCUUCUAUCAGCUUCAAAGAAUGUUUCUGGUUUGUCUUUGGGUCCCUUUUGCAGGGUAGUACUGAUGCCUCUCCGUCAACCCUUUCUGGACGUAUAUUAACGUCCUCGUGGUGGUUCUUUGCUUUAAUUCUUAUUUCAUCGUAUACGGCCAAUUUAGCUGCCUUUCUCACUGUGAAGAAAAUUAAUACUCCCAUUAAGACAGUGACCGACUUAGCAUCUCAAACAAGGAUCAAGUAUGGUACUGUAAAAAGCAGCGGAAUAAGCGGCUUCUUCAAAAACACUGACAUUGAACAUUUCUCUAAGAUGUGGGCCCAAAUGUCAGAAAUCGAGCCAUCUUCAAUGGUGGAAACGACCGAGGAAGGCUUCAAGAAAGUCAAGGAAGGGAAUUACGCGUUCUUUUGGGAUACCACCGUCAAUAAAUACAAAACUAUCGAAGAUUGCGAUUUCAUGGAAGUCGGGCCACCGUUCGACCCAAAAGGCUUUGGGAUUGGUGUUCCACCCGGGGCAACAUACAGAGAAGAGCUUUCAAUGGCGAUACUAAAGCUAAGUGACACUGGAAGACUGCAUGAGAUGGAAAACGAGUGGUGGGGCCGCAGGAACUGCCCCGAUUAUGCCAAGCCAUCGACGGACGAUACUUCAGAAUUGCAGAUUGAGAAUGUGGCCGGCGUCUUCUUCAUACUUGUUGGAGGAGUCGCCAUUGCAGCUGUCGUGUGCCUUGGGGAGUAUAUUGCUAAACGAAUAUCAAAGAGUGUCAAAAAGAGGGCACUUGUUCGCGGUUCUUUGGUCGCCAUGGAUAUACUCCAGACUAUUGGUAGAAAUAUGAGUCAGCAAGAACCAAAAGAGUGAUAUUGAACUGUUUCCACACACCGAUUGUGUUCAAAGAGCCGUUUGACCUUCAUUAUAAUUCUUUUGUAAAUUAUCUAUUUAUUUCUGUGCAUCUUGUACAUUGAAUGACCAAAAUGUUAUUUGGUGAUUGUUGCCAGAUCUUUAUAUACGUUGACAAAACAAGUGUUAGCUAAAGUUAUACCGUUAACAUGUUAUUGUUUGCGUUUUAGGAGCGAAAAGAUCGGGUUAGCGAUAAAGAGCGAGAAAGUUUCCUUUAGAUGGACCUGCAUGAUUUGCUUACCGUUCUCAACGUGCAUGCUGCUGGAUCUCUUCCAAGCCUUUAACAAUUACAUAAGAGUGGUAGAUAUUUAACCUCUUUGUUGCCUUGCUUUAUGUGGGAUGGCGGAACAUUCUCUGUAUAAUAACGUACUAUGGAAUCGUUCACAAUGCUUCGCUUUUUAAUUAUAAUGUGGUCGAUUAUGCAAAAACUCAACAUUCAUUAUAUGUAAAUAACAUGUUUUUUAGUUUGUUGUAAUAUAGUGUCGUAUUUUCCUAUGUCGCUCUUUCUACGUCCCGUUUGCAUUUUAAAAGCGUUUAAAACACGUUAAUAUGUAAUUAAUGUGAUUACAACUAUAAACCAAGGCUUUAUUUAUUGUUGUGUUUUCUACCUCUUUAUAAAUGGCGUAGUCUUUCUAGCAUGUAACCUGGCUGCAUGAAUGGCACAGACAUUGAAACAAACCCUUUCUGCACCAUGCUAUUAAUGUUUUAUAUAAGUGAUACAUGUUUUUGUCUUUUUUUUUGCCUUUAACUUCAAAAUGAACGUUGGCGUGUAUGUAUAUUGUUUAGUGUUACUCUUAUCAUUUGAUAGAGGCACAAAUAUUCUAAACAUUUAUGGGCAUUCGUGUUCUCUUAGUUUUUCUAAUUGCAUUAUAAUACCAUAAAAAUGUGUACUGGUUGUU